AUUACUACAUGGCAUAUAAUCUACGUCACCUACCGAGCUAGUUGCUCCCUGUGUAUUUGUCUGCAACUCAGAGACGCUGCCGAUGGUGCGAUGUGUGUACACUUGCCUGAAGUUACAAUGGCAUUAACUGCACAGACAGCUUGUCUUCCCUAGUUCGAUGUCACAAAGGAUGCAGCCUACACAUGGACUUAACAUCUGACAGCAACAAGUCGUCCGCGCACCGCUGGCACCGAAGACAACAAACAUUAUGGUCGCAACAUCGCCAGAAGGGACGACUGCGGAAGAAGCGGCCCGCAUUGAUUCAGAGCCGCCGCUCCCGGUGUUGACAAGCGACCUGCACGCAUUAGUAGCAUCACAUGCAGGACUCGUGGCCGCUGUACACUGGUCGCGGUGCUGCCGCGAGAACCGGCCCACACUACUCAUCAUCCUGACUGCUCCGCCGCUUCUGCUGCAAGCGCUGCUGGCAGAUCACAACGGCGAUGCCUGCCGCGCUCUGGGUGGCCUCGCAACACACGUGAGCGCCAUCUGUCGUGCAGGGGCCCCAGCCGCGUGCGUUGGCACUGUCGUUGCCGGCUUGGCGGAUAUGGCCGUGACGGCUGGCAGCGGUGAAGGUGCAUUGGACGCGCUGGGAUCAGCAGUGCAGCAGCAGUACCAGGGCGCGGCAGGCGCUGGCGGCAUUGUGGCGCAGCUCCGCAGCCACGAGCGCUUUGUGGACCAGGCGGAGUCAGCGAUCCCGGCUGUGCUGCUGAGGGCGGUGCCAGGGUUCCCAUUGCAGCAAGAGGAGCCGGUGGAAGCCCUUACUCUGCUUGCCGCCAGUAAGGCUGAGGUUGGGGAGCAGCGUGUCACUGGCGCCGCCACCUGCCUCGCCACGCGGGUUCAUGCACGGCACGCCGGCGACAGGGCGGCGCGGGCGCGGCUCUGCAGCCACACGCUGGUGCAGGCGUGCGCGGCUGCAACGGACAGAAAUACCGCCCCCAUGGCCAUGAUGCCAGGCGCUCCUUGGCGCGAGGAAAUUGCGGCUUGGCUGCACCACCAGCAGCACCGCCGCCCAGGCCAAGGAAGCAGCGGCGGUAGGCUUUUGGCCCGUGAGGUACUGCUCGCGCUGUUCACCCAUAGCGACCUGGUGGCUGCGGCGCUGGCUGCACCUGAUGUCGGCGGAGAGCUGCUGCGCGCGCUGAGCAGGGCGUGCGAGCGUGGCGGGCCCGCCUGCGUGGUCGAGGCGAUUGUGUCACAGGGCCCGGUCAUGGAGGCUGUGCUGGCGGCGCCCGCGGCGGCCAAGGAGCUCGUGAUCGCCAUUAAGAAGGCCUGCAGCAGCAGCAGCGCGGCGCCGGAGCUGGCGGCGCUGUUGUUGGAGCAGGACGAGGCAGUGCGCUUAGCGCUGUCCAGACCGGAAGGGCCGCGGAGUCUCAUCUCGGCGCUGGCCGGCGCGAGCUCGCACGGACGCUCCAGGGCCGUAGAAAUCCUGCUGUCCAAGGACGCCGUGCUGGCAGAGAUGGCACAAGCGGGGCGCGAUGUCGCCGAGGAGGUGGCGAAAGCGCUGCGCGAGGCCUGCUGCGGCGGGCACAGCGAUGCCGCGGCGGCCCUCCUGGCGUGUGACGCGGUCGCGGCCGCCGUGCUGUCGGCGCCGGACCAUGUGGCACGCCUGGUGUGGGCGCUGCGAGGUGCCUGCGCCGGAGGGCACGCCCGCAUCGUGCAGCAGUUGGUGCAGUGCCGCCGCCUGAUGGAUGCCGUGCUGCCGGCUCCGGCGGCGCCGGCGCCGGCGGAGCUAUCGCAGGGCCGCCUGGCUCUUGACCUCGCUCAGAUAGUAGGAGACGCAUGCGCUCCACUUACCGGUACUAAGAAGCUGCCGCGCCAGGACGAUGCGGCAGCUUUUUUACUGAGGGAUGCGGCUUUCACAGAAGGUCUGCUGGCAGCAGCGGCAGUGGCUGAGGCGGCAGGUUUCAGGGGGCAUGUCCGGUUCCUCGCCGAGGCUCUGCAGGACGCCUGCAAGCAGGGUUGCGAGGGCACGGUGACGGCCCUGCUGGCGAACCGAGCAUUCCGAGCAUUGGUACUGGAGAGGGCAGACGGGCCUGGCACUCUGAGCCAGGCGCUCCGCUUUGCCUGUGAGGCCGGUUGUGCUGGCGGCGUGCGGCAGCUCCUGGCUGAUCGCGUCUUACAGGCGGCGAUGGCGAAAGACCUGGCGUCUGACGCCGGCGACGCCGCUGGUGCGCCAGCAGCAGCCAGCACAGCAACAGGCAGCACAGAAGCAGAAGCCGUGUCCGCACCAGGUCUGUCCCGCAACUUCACCGGUAUCCUCAGCGACGCGUGCAGGGCAGCAAGCGACCCAGGCACGGAGCCCCGAGACGCGUACGACGCGGUCGUGAACGGCCUGCUGGGAAAUGCGGGCUUCCUUCGUGCCGCCAUGGCGCAAGGAGGGGGCGGCGCCCGCACUGUAGUAAGGGCGCUCGGUGAUGCGUGCAAGUGGGGAGGCCAAGGAGUGGUGGAGGCGCUGCUGCGGUGUGAGACGGCCAAGCGCGCGGUAGUUGACCCCGAGGCCGCGGGCCGCGCCGUCGAGCUGGUGUGGAUGGUGUGGAGUGCGUGUCGCGAGGGGCACGCAGGAGUGCUGGAGCUGCUGCUGGCGGAUGCGGAGUUCGUGGAGCUGAUGUUGGGUGCCGGCAGCGGCGGAGUGGAGCGCCUGGGCAAGUCGCUGGAGCUGGCAUGGGAGCGCGGGGAUGAGCGGGUGGUGGCGGCGCUGCUGGGGUGCAGCGGGCUGGCUGAGGCCAUGGCGCCGUUCCUGCCACAGCAGCAGCAAGCUGCGGUGGCCGCCGAGGGCCGCCAUGACGAGGAGCAGGCGGCUGGGGAUGAGAUGGAGGAGGCGGUGGGGUACGAGUAUGAGUACGAGUACGAGACGGAUGCAGAGUCUGAGGAGGCGGAGUCUGAGCAGGAUGAGGAGCUUGUUUGAGGCAUGGUCGUGUAUGUGGGUUUCGUUUGGGGAUGCAUGCACUGCCACUGCUGCCGCAUGCUGUUGGCGACGAAUGUUGGCGAAGACAAAAGCCUUUGCUUGGUGUUUGUGACGGUGAGUGUGCGAUGGGACAGUGGUAAGGCAGGUUGGUAAAGUCCCGUAGAGUGCAGCUGAUUCUCAGAACCCAGCAGAUGGCAAACAAUUUGCAACGGCAGGGCAGGAGUGCGCGGCCGGUCGAACGCCGGAGUUACUGUACCGACGAGUUGCUGUCUGUGACGGUGAGUGUGAUGGCCGGCAAUGCCAUGGCCACCGGUGAAAGGGGCGGCAGGAGUAGGCGGCUGGGAGACAAGGAUGCGCUGUUACUGAGUGAUGCGGUCACGCACACAACCAGCCAGGGGUCGUAUCUUGUUUUGGGGGUAAUGUCUAGCUCCAGACAAAAACGGCCGGGUGGCCGCCGUCUUUUGUCUGGGCACAUGGCGAUUUGGGGGCUUCUCCAUAGGAAUUCGGACAAAACCCGCCCCAAACCCGGGCCAACCUUGGGGCCAACAAAGUCUCGCCCCCCACAUACUGUGUGUGGGAAGGAUGCACGUGUGGGCGACCGUUCUAGUACCUGGACGCUUGCGCCCUGGUUAGUGCGUGCGCUGUGCGUGUGUCCUGUGGCCUAGACGUUUCCCGGCACUCCUGUGCCUAGGCUUGUGGCGUUGAGGCACAGCGGUGGGGCUCUGGCGGGUUGAGGCUUGGCUAGGACUCACUGUGCGCGGAGUCACACGGACUUUGCCCGCGGGAGGGUUUGCAGCAAAGUCGGGGUUGGUGGCGUCAAGUUGGGCCCUGAUAGCAUGUGAUGGCUCGGCGUCUUCGGGUGCUGGGACUGUCCCCUCUGUAACAUCCGCAUCCA